GCAGCGCAGCCUAGGGAGGGGGCUGCCCCGGUCCCCUCCCGCAGCCCCGGACCCCAGAGGUCCGGCCUUCCCCGCAGGAAGGCGAAGUUCCCGGUGCCAGGUCCGGGCACCAGCAGCCGAGAACGCCUGGGUCCCGGAGUCAACAGGUGCGGGGUGUGGGGGACCCCCCAGGCCCGGGAUGGGGUUCCAAAGGACCUGCGGCGAGGGAUGGGGGGAGCCAAGAUUCUUGGGUGGUAAUCGGGGUGCUGGGAGACUCGCUCCCCGGCCGGCGCUGCUCUCCUCCAGGCAGGCUCCCGCGGAACGCCGAGUGCCCUCGCUCCCCCCGCCUCCCCGGAGCCCCCGCAGCCCCUGAGGUGCAGGGAGGUCCCGCGGACGGAGCCGGCCUGCCGGCGUUCAGUGGGGUACGAAGGCGUCCCCUCUCCCUCCCCAGGGGUCUCCGCAACCCUCCGGCACCCGGCAGGGGUCUUCCCAGGCCAGCCGGGUGAAGGAGGGGCUGAGUGCAGGAGGAGAGGCAGGGAGCUGGGCUGGCUAGAUUUAUGAAUGGAGAGCUGCCAGCGCGCCGGAACAGCGGCUCCUGGCGGCCGUCGGGGAGCGUCGCGGCCCUGGAGACCCAAGGGGGGCCCCGCAGGGGGCCUGGACGCCCCCGUUGCUCCCAAGGGGUCGUCAGUCCCUCCCCGAACCACCCCCACUGUGGUGUGUGAGUGUGUGCGCGCGCGCGCGCGCGCGUGCCCACCGGAGGGUCUGGCAGGUCUGGCGGGUGGGAUUUGGGUCUCUAACACCUCCAUUGACCCUGUUUCCCAGCCUAAAAUUAAAGCCUGUGAACUGGCUCAAAAAACAUUUGAAAUCGGGAUGGCUUUUCCACUUAAAUCUAUGGUGUUUGGUUGGUUCGGACAGACCUGGCUUAGGAGCUUUGUGACCUUGAGCAAGGGACUCAAUCUCUCUGAGCUUCCCUCUCAUCUGCAAAGCAGCAUACCCUAAUAAGAGUAGCUGGAAACUUCCCCCAAACCACCUUCUCGUGCCAGGUUCUUGGUGAGGCAUUUGGCAUGCAUCAGAGCUCAUUACUCCUCAUCUCGGCCCUGUAAGGUAGGUAGGGUUAUCACCCCAUUAGAUGGAUGGGGAAACCGAGGCUGAAAGAGGUCAGGUAAGUUACCUAAGGCGACUGGUGUGGAAUUGGGAUGCAACCCAGGUCUGCCUUCCUCCAUCAAUUUCAUGACUGUGAGAAUUAAGAGGAAACUUAUAUGCAAAGUGCCUGCCACACUCCCUAACAUUUCCUUCCUUCCCUCUUUCCCCACUCUUUUCUUUCCUUCCUCCCUUCAGGACGUUUGGGGCUGAGACUCCAAAAGACCUGGGUGCAAGCUUCCAGAUACCCUGAGGGGAGUGGACUGAGGGCUGGCCCAGGGUUCCCUCCUCUCCCUCCACAGAGCCUAGGAUGCCCCUCUGCUGCCGCGCCUCCUGAGCUCAUGGAGCCCUCAGCCACCCCAGUGGCCCAGAUGGGGGUCCCCCCUGGCAGCAGGGAACCGUCCCCUGUGCCUCCAGACUAUGAAGAUGAGUUUCUCCGCUAUCUGUGGCACGAUUAUCUGUACCCAAAGCAGUACGAGUGGGUCCUCAUCGCAGCCUAUGUAGCUGUGUUCCUCGUGGCCCUGGUGGGCAACACACUGGUCUGCCUGGCCGUGUGGCGGAACCACCAGAUGAGGACAGUCACCAACUACUUCAUCGUGAACCUGUCUCUGGCUGAUGUCCUGGUGACGGCCAUCUGCCUGCCGGCCAGCCUGCUAGUAGACAUCACUGAGUCCUGGCUCUUUGGCCAUGCCCUCUGCAAGGUCAUCCCCUAUCUACAGGCUGUGUCCGUGUCAGUGGCAGUGCUGACUCUCAGCUUCAUCGCCCUGGACCGCUGGUAUGCCAUCUGCCACCCACUAUUGUUCAAGAGCACAGCCCGGCGGGCCCGUGGCUCCAUCCUGGGCAUCUGGGCUGUGUCACUGGCUGUCAUGGUGCCCCAGGCUGCAGUCAUGGAAUGCAGCAGUGUGCUGCCCGAGCUAGCCAACCGAACGUGGCUCUUCUCUGUCUGUGAUGAACACUGGGCAGAUGACCUCUAUCCCAAAAUCUACCACAGCUGCUUCUUUGUUGUCACCUACCUGGCCCCACUGGGCCUCAUGGCCAUGGCCUAUUUCCAGAUAUUCCGCAAGCUCUGGGGCCGCCAGAUCCCUGGCGCCACCUCAGCACUGGUGCGGAACUGGAAGCAGCCCUCAGACCAGCUGGGGGACCCGAGUGCAGAGCCCCAGCCCCGGGCCCGCGCCUUCCUGGCUGAAGUGAAGCAGAUGCGUGCGCGGAGGAAGACAGCCAAGAUGCUGAUGGUGGUGCUGCUGGUCUUCGCCCUCUGCUACCUGCCCAUCAGUGUACUCAAUGUCCUUAAGAGGGUGUUCGGGAUGUUCCGCCAAGCCAGCAACCGCGAAGCUGUCUACGCCUGCUUCACCUUCUCCCACUGGCUGGUGUACGCCAACAGCGCUGCCAACCCCAUCAUCUACAACUUCCUCAGCGGCAAAUUCCGGGAGCAGUUUAAGGCUGCCUUCUCCUGCUGCCUGCCUGGCCGGGGUCACUGCGGCUCUCUGAAGGCCCCUAGUCCCCGCUCCUCUGUUAGCCACAAGUCCUUGUCCUUGCAGAGCCGAUGCUCCGUCUCCAGAAUCUCUGAGCAUGUGGUGCUCACCAGCGUCACCACAGUGCUGCACUGA